UCCCUCAGGAGGAGCUGUGAGGCGCCCCCUCCUCUUCCCGUGGAGGCCGACCCCUCCUCCCUCAUUCACAGGGAGAGCGGGUGGAGAGCCCGGGUGAGGGGGAGCCCGCCUCCCCCUCAGCUUUUGUCCCCUCCCUCGUCUCCUCCUCCUUCCCCCCCUCGCUCCGGAGAGCGGCUGGAGUAGCAGUGUGUGUGUGAGACAGAAGGAGUUGUGUCGGGGGCGCGCAAACAGCAAGUCGGGAGCGCGCGCCUCUGGCAGGCCAGGCGAAAGCAUAGCAAAGCAAAGCAAAACGAAGGGAGGCCGGUGGCGGAGUGAUCCAGGCGUGCGUGUGCUGCGGCCGGGCCGGGUGAAUGGGAUUGAAGAAGAGUUCAGCUUCUCGGCUUGUUUUUGUGUCACAGUUUCUUUUCUCCUGCGCUUCUUCUGCUUCGUUCCUUUCUUUCUGCCCGUCUCCUCCUCGCCACUGCAGGAGGAGCCCCCCGAGGAGAGGGGAAGGAAAAGGACCCCUCAGAGGAGACAGAGAAGAGGAAAAGCAGAGCAGCAGCAGCAGCAGGAGGAGGUGGAGGAGGAGGAGGAAAAGGGAACAACCAGCCAACCAACCAUCUUCCACUCCCAGCUUAGAUUAAAGAAAGUGAGAGGAGGAGCAGGAGGAGAGAGGAGAGAGGAGCCAAGAAGAGGGGGACAGGGAGGCCCAGAGGAGCAGCUGCACCACCUUCUCCCUAUGAAGAGGAGUCUUUUCCCCUCAAAGAGAGGUCCUGCCAGGGGGACCCCAGCCAGUCAGCCAACAGCAGCAGCAUCAUCACCACCACGACCAGCAGGGGGGCCUGCAGAGCUGAAGAAAAUACUUGUUUUCCAAAACUGCAACAGCAUAAAGAACAGAAGAUUUCAUUUACUCUGAACCAAGUGUCUGAAAGUGGUGGGGAUUUAGUAAUCUCAGCAGCUCAAGAAAGUGGAGAAGGUAGAGAAUGGAGUUGCAGACUCUACAGGAGGCUCUGAAAGUGGAAAUUCAGGUUCACCAGAAACUGGUUGCCCAAAUGAAGCAGGAUCCACAGAAUGCUGAUCUGAAGAAGCAGCUUCAUGAACUCCAAGCCAAAAUCACAGCUUUGAGUGAGAAACAGAAAAGAGUGGUUGAACAGCUGCGGAAGAAUUUGAUGGUAAAGCAGGAGCAGCCAGACAGUAAGUUUCAAAUCCAACCAUUGGCACAGUCAGAAAACAAAAUACAAAUGCCACAGCCGCUACAGCAGCAGCAGACAACUGCCUCCUCUCCAAACCUGCUUGGAUCACAGAAGACAGUAACUACAGCUUCUAUGAUCACCACUAAGACACUACCUCUUGUCCUGAAAGCAGCAACAGCAACCAUGCCUGCCUCUGUUGUGGGUCAAAGACCUACAAUUGCCAUGGUGACUGCCAUUAACAGCACCCAGAAAACUGUCCUUAGUACUGAUGCACAGAAUACGCCAGUCAACCUCCAGACAACAAAUAAAAUCACUGGUCCAGGAACAGAGGCAGUUCAGAUAGUGGCAAAAAACACAGUCACAUUGCAGGUUCAAGCUUCACCUCCGCAGCCCAUCAAAGUGCCACAGUUCAUCCCUCCUCCCAGACUCACUCCUCGUCCAAAUUUCCUUCCACAGGUUCGACCUAAACCAGUUGCCCAGAACAACAUUCCUAUAGCCCCAGCCCCACCUCCUCCUAUGCUUGCUGCUCCUCAACUUAUUCAGAGGCCUGUGAUGCUGACAACAAAAUUCACACCCACCUCCUUACCUUCCUCUCAGAAUUCCAUACACCCAGUCCGUGUUGUGAAUGGGCAAACAGCAACCAUAGCCAAAACUUUUCCAAUGGCACAACUCACCAGCAUUGUUAUAGCAGCCCCAGGUACCAGGCUUGCUGGACCUCAGACUAUACAAAUCAACAAACCAAAUGUUGAGAAACAGACUAUCAAGCCCCAAGCAGAAACAGAGGAUAAGCCAACUGAGAUUCAUACAGUUGCCCCUCCUGCACCACCCAAGCCAAAACGAGAAGAAAACCCACAGAAACUUGCCUUCAUGGUAUCUCUUGGACUGGUUACACAUGACCAUCUAGAAGAAAUACAGAGUAAGAGACAAGAAAGAAAACGAAGAACAACAGCAAAUCCAGUGUACAGUGGAGCUGUUUUUGAGCCCGAGCGCAAGAAGAGUGCAGUCACAUACCUGAACAGCACAAUGCAUCCUGGGACACGUAAACGAGGUCGUCCACCUAAAUACAACACGGUGCUGGGGUUUGGGGCUCUGACCCCCACAUCCCCUCUAUCCAGUCAUCCUGACUCCCCUGAAAAUGAAAAGACAGAGACCACAUUUACUUUCCCCGCAACUGUUCUGCCUGUGUCCCUGCCCAGCCCCAGCUCCACAGACGGUGAUAUCCAUGAAGAUUUUUGCAGUGUUUGCAGGAAAAGUGGGCAGUUGCUGAUGUGUGACACAUGCUCACGUGUGUAUCACUUGGACUGUCUGGACCCACCCCUGAAAACUAUUCCCAAGGGCAUGUGGAUCUGUCCCAAAUGUCAAGACCAGAUGCUAAAGAAAGAAGAAGCCAUCCCGUGGCCAGGGACUCUAGCAAUUGUUCAUUCAUAUAUUGCAUACAAAGCAGCAAAAGAAGAGGAAAAACAGAAAUUAUUGAAAUGGAGUUCAGAUUUAAAACAAGAAAGGGAGCAACUAGAACAGAAAGUCAAACAGCUCAGCAAUUCUAUAACAAAAUGUAUGGAAAUGAAGAACACCAUCCUGGCAAAACAGAAGGAAAUGCACAGUUCAUUGGAGAAGGUAAAACAGUUAAUUCGCCUCAUCCAGGGCAUCAAUCUUUCAAAACCCAUAAACUCUGAGGGCAGUUCAGUAGCCAUCUCCAAUGGCAUGGACUCCACCAAUAAUGCAAAUGCUGCCACCUCCACCCCAGCCUCUUCCCCCUCCCAGAGCUGCAUGGUGAACUGUAACAAGGGCGAUGAGACUAAAUAACAUAGCACAGUAAGAAGGAGCUGGGGGAGAUGGCGGCAAGGAGGAAGAGCAAAACAAUAAAAAACUCUCUAGAAAAGCAAAGGUGGAUUUCUUCUGGAAAGUGCAGAACUCUUUGGUUCCAGAAAGAAUAUGAAGAUGCUUGUGCCAGGCGGCAUCAGAGUUGCCAAUUGAUCCUUCUUAUUCUGUGUGUACGUGCAAAGUUUGGACCAUGUUACAUGAAUAGUGCCAGCUGGAGGUUCUUUGCCAGCACCAUGCCAAGUUAAAUAAUAUAUUUACUCUCUCUCUUUUACACCAGUGUGUGCCUGCAGCAGCCUCCACAGCCACUCUAGAUUUGUUUUGUUUUUGUUUUUAUUUGGGGGUGGGGAGCAGGGAGAAGGAGGAGCAGGUUUCAAAUCUUAUCUGCAGACCAUUUUGUUUAGCUAAGGAAACUUUAAGUCCAAAGAGCCUGUGGGCUUUUACUGUUUCUAAAUUCUCCGUACUGCUAAACCAAAAAUCCAGAAAUAUGAAUUAAGAAGUCCUAGUGUCCGGUGGGGUGGGUGGGGAUGGGGACGAAUCCUAUCCAAGAAGCAGUAUUCGUUAUUGUUUUGACAGGAGAGACAAAAAGGAACGGGGAAGGAUUUUUCACUAAGUAUCUAGCACAUGUUCAGGCUGGGGAUUACUAGGAUGGCAGCUUUGGGUUAUCCUCUCUUGUUUUUCCAAUAGAUGAAUGAAAUGAAUUGCUGAUCAAAUUGGCAGGAAGCAUUUGCUGAGGAAGAGAAGGAGGGAGGGGGACUAAUAUAAACAGCCUUGAGUUUCAGAAAGUGGGUCAUGACUGAAAUGAAAAUUCCAACUUUUUUUGUACACUUGUCAAGCAAAAACAAUAUUCCAGACAGUACAGCACAUGUCCCAAACGUAUGGCCCAAAUAGUAAAAAUGCCUGUUUCCUUUGUUUCCAUUCUGUUUUGGUUACAAAUGUAAGGAAUAGAAAAGCAGUUUUUUUCAGGCUGACAGUCCAAUUAAAGAGGUAGAUGGGACCUUGCAUGGUAUAGAUUAGAAGUAAUAGUGUCAGUGAGAUACAGUGAGUCUUUGUGAGUCCGUGUGUCAUCGUUUUGGGCACUGUUUUUUAUGCAAGGGCAAAAUCUUUGUAUCUGGGGGAAAAACAACUUUUUUAAAUUAAAAAAGAAAAAAGAUA